AAUAAUAUAUCUUCAAUAGAAGUGAGAAUGAAGAGGCCUGAAAGUGCCCUCUUCGGAACAAAUGUCUAUGAGUCUGCGUUGUAUUCUAACCUUCAAAGCACGGUGGGUGUUUUGCGGACCAUCGCGCGCUGGACCAUCAUGAUGAUUCCAGCACAGAUAUUCCGCUUGAUUCACAUAAACGGCCUGCUCUGGCAGGCUACAAAUAAGUCUCUAUUGGCUAAGCUGCGUAAAAAGACCGGCUAUACUUUUGCAAACUGCAAGAAAGCUCUGGAGCUACAUGAAAAUGAUAUAACGAAGGCUGAGGCAUGGCUGAAAGAACAGGCACAACAGUAUGGUUGGACUCAAGCAGCCAAGCUGAAGGGUCGUAAUACCGGUCAAGGUCUGAUCACGAUGACAGUAGACGGGCGUCAUGCUGUGUUGGCCGAAAUCAAUUGCGAGACUGAUUUUGUAGCGCGGAAUAAGAAGUUCCAUUGUCUUGCGGAAACAGUGAUCUCUACUGUGCUGAAUCAUGUGAGAUCUCAGGAGAUUCAAAACGAAAUACAGCGGACUGUUUUCCAUGCAGAUAGUCUCAAAGUACUCACAGCUAUGGAUGGCAAGCUUUUGAGUGAUCAUUCCGCUUUGACCAUUGGCAAUGUAGGUGAGAACAUUAGUUUGAAACGUGCUCUGGUCAUCAGCGUACAAUCGCCAGACGUAAGGCUGUUUGGAUGCACACAUCCAGCUCCAAUGAAUCCAAUACCUGUAUCCUUCGGCAAAUAUGGUGCUCUUGUGGCUAUUAAAUGCAAGGAGAACGAUGAAAUGCUGGGUACACGACUUUGCCAGCAUAUCAUCGGAAUGGAUCCACAAAAGAUUGGAAACCCACGAGUGGACGAACCACACAACAAUAUGGACGAAGAGCAGUGCAUGAUUUAUCAGGAAUUUCUGCUUGAUCCUAGUCUUUCCGUACAACAGUUACUUGCGGAAGCGCAAGCCGAAAUUGUCGACUUUGCACGUUUCGAGAUCGGUGAGGAAGUUGACGAAGAGCCGACGCUGAAAAACGCUCAAACUUGCGGCUAAUGUUGUAACUUCUGUGACUAACCUGUGAUUAUUUCACAUUAUCACUAAUAUUAAUUUUUAUUCUGUACGAAAACAAUAGUUGUCGCUUGCGUUAUGCAUUUGAAGAAACGAAGAUAUGUUUGAAAAAAAACUUCUUAAAUUGUCACUUUUAGGAAUGAACGUUUGAAAGAAAGGGAAUAGUUCAAUCAAUAUCAGUGCUAUGUACAAUAUAUUAUGUUAUUUUAAUAAAAUUGUAACACACCUAG